AUGGCCGCAGUUGACAUUUUAUCAAGUCUGGGGUUAUCGGUUGACUACAGCAAGAUAAUUAUGAUAGAAACAGAUAUGGCCAAAAGCGUUUUAAAAACAAUUACUGAUAAUGAUGGGGUGUAUAUUCCACCAGAACUUCAAGAAAAAGAAUUUGUUCAUUUUGCGGCUGACAAUCUUGAUUUUCAUGAGGACACUCCAGAUGGAAGAAGAACUCUGCAUGCCACUGUUCUUGUUGGUUACCAGAAAAAUACUGAACAGAAAAUUAAAACCAUUGCAAUUUUAGAUCAAGAUAACUUAAGAGCCAUUACAAUUCCACCGUCAAUUUAUUCACUUGAUCAAUGUUAUAUAAGGAAGAACGCCAAGCCUGACAUUCCCAAAAAUAUCGCUCUUCCUAUAACAUCCAAUGAAACUUUAACUGAGGCUUUGGAAAAAACCCACUGCUGGCUACUUGCAACUAGAGAUUAUAUAUCUCCUGAAACAGCUGAGGAUAAAAAUAAACAUGGCUUAACGUGGUCUGCCUACAACUCAGUUGUAUGUCCCGGCGACACAGAAAAAACAACAAUUGCUCUUUUUCCAAUUCUAGAUAUAACACCCAUGGACAUGUCAGUGCAAUUAACAUUUUUGAAUAUUUUUGAAAAGGUUAAGCACCAGCAGGAUCGAUAUGAUGAGCUAGCAAAGCUUUUGGCAGACUCUUGUAAAAACAUUAAAACGUCAAAUCUAGCAAGUAUUGGAAACUACGCCCACGAGUUACAUUACAGGUUGCUUAAGGAUACUAACUUCUGUAGCAAAAUGGAAGAAUUUAAUCAAAAAGAAGGAGAAACAAUACCGACAUUUGCUUUUGCUAUACAGUAUAUGAAUAUGGUCACUACAAUGCUUACUUUUAUUACUUCUGUGCGUAGUAGAAACUGGAAUCUUAGGAAUGUCGACUUGAAAGAUUUUUUGAAGUAUUUCUUUGUUUUAAAUCGAAGAAAUUAUGCUCCUCUCAUUUCUUAUCAUUUGUCCGAACUAUCUUACAUAGAAAGCGAUGACCCAGUAACGUGGAGUCACUUGAGCUCAAGUUUAUGGGCUCCUAAUAAAAAUGGCAUUGGUUUCUGUUCUCUUGGAGCAGAUGAAGCGCUUGAAUAA